AAUGAGAGAAGUCAUAUCUAUUCACGUCGGACAAGGAGGUAUUUAAGUUGGUAAUGCCUGUUGGGAAUUAUUCUGUCUUGAACACGGAAUCCAACCAGAUGGUCAAAUGCCAUCAGACAAGACAAUCGGAGGAGGAGAUGAUGCCUUCAACACCUUUUUCUCAGAAACAGGUGCAGGAAAGCACGUCCCAAGAGCUGUCUUUUUGGAUUUGGAACCAACAGUUAUUGAUGAAGUCAGAACAGGAACAUACAGAUAAUUAUUCCACCCAGAAUAAUUGAUUUCAGGAAAAGAAGAUGCUGCCAACAACUUCGCCAGAGGUCACUAUACAAUCGGAAAGGAAAUCGUCGAUUUGUGCUUAGACAGAAUCAGAAAGUUAGCUGAUAACUGCACAGGUCUCUAAGGUUUCUUGGUCUUCCACUCAGUCGGAGGAGGAACAGGAUCAGGAUUGGGAUCACUUUUAUUGGAAAGAUUGUCAGUCGAUUAUGGUAAGAAAUCUAAAUUGGGUUUCACCAUCUAUCCAUCACCAUAAGUUUCAACAGCCGUCGUUGAACCAUACAACUCCAUCUUGUCAACCCACUCAUUGUUGGAACACACUGAUGUCUGUGUCAUGUUGGAUAAUGAAGCCAUUUAUGAUAUUUGCAGAAGAAAUUUGGAUAUUGAAAGACCAACAUACACAAACUUGAACAGAUUGAUUGCUUAAGUCAUUUCAUCAUUGACAGCUUCAUUGAGAUUUGAUGGUGCCUUGAAUGUCGAUAUCACUGAAUUCUAAACCAAUUUGGUGCCAUAUCCAAGAAUCCACUUUAUGCUUUGCUCAUAUGCUCCAAUCAUCUCAGCUGAAAAAGCUUAUCACGAAUAAUUAUCAGUUGCUGAAAUCACAAACUCAGCCUUUGAACCAGCCAACAUGAUGGCUAAGUGUGAUCCAAGACAUGGUAAAUACAUGGCUUGCUCCAUGCUUUACAGAGGUGAUGUCGUCCCCAAGGAUGUCAAUGCUGCUAUUGCAACAAUCAAGACAAAGAGAACAAUCUAAUUCGUCGAUUGGUGCCCAACAGGAUUCAAGGUCGGAAUCAACUAUCAACCACCAACAGUCGUCCCAGGAGGUGAUUUGGCUAAGGUUAUGAGAGCUGUUUGUAUGAUCUCCAACUCAACUGCUAUUGCUGAAGUUUUCUCCAGACUUGAUCAUAAAUUCGAUCUUAUGUAUGCCAAGAGAGCCUUCGUCCACUGGUACGUCGGUGAAGGUAUGGAAGAAGGAGAAUUCUCUGAAGCCAGAGAAGAUCUUGCUGCCUUAGAAAAGGAUUAUGAAGAAGUUGGUAUUGAAACUGCUGAAGGAGAAGGUGAAGAAGGAGAAGCAUGAA